AUGUAUCAGGAAGAUAUUGAAGAAAAGCAAGAGAAAAUUAUUGAUAAUGAAAUUCAUAUGGAUGAAAAACAACAACAACAACAACAACAACAACAACAGAAACAACAACAACAACAACAACGAAACAACAACAACAACAACGAAAGCAACAAAAACAACAACAAGAACAACAACGGAAGCAACAUCAAAAG